UGGUAUUUUGACGCUUUUGGUACCAAGGCUCGUCUCAAAAAGUCUUAGCGAGUUAGGCUAAGCGUCGAGCGAAAAAGCUCAAUCUCUAGAAUCUUUGUCCGGCCGUCAAUCUGCGAUACUGCCUGACCUGACAAUCUGCUGGACUUGCGCGACUGGUCCUGGGAGCGCGCAGCCCUUAAUUAAUUCAUCUACGAAGAAUCGAAUUUCGCCAUAAAAUAAUGGCUUUCACACCUAGAGGAGGCCGUGGAGGUCCCCGUGGCGGUGCCCGAGGCGGUGGUCGCGGAGGUGCACCCAGAGGAGGUGGUCGUGGUGGCCGUGGUGGUGCUCCCGCUAGAGGAGGUGGUAGAGGCGGUCGCGGUGCCCCCAGAGGUGGUCGCGGCGCUCCCAGAGGUGGCCGUGGUGGUGGCAAGCCUGGUGCCAGGGGCGGUGCGAAGACCAUCGUUGAGCCCCAUCGUCAUGCCGGUGUUUUCGUUGCCCGUGGCAAGGAGGACAUGCUUGUCACGAAGAACUUGACCCCUGGUGAAUCCGUCUAUGGCGAGAAGCGCAUCGCUGUUGAGACACCCAAUACCGAGACCGUCAAUGGCGAAGUCGCCCCUGCUACCAAGACCGAAUACAGAGUGUGGAACCCGUUCCGAAGCAAGCUUGCUGCCGGUAUCCUUGGUGGUGUCGACCAGAUCUUUAUGGGCCCAGGCUCCAAGGUCCUCUACCUUGGUGCUGCCUCCGGUACCUCCGUCUCCCACGUUGCUGACAUUGUCGGCCCUACUGGUACCGUCUUUGCCGUUGAGUUCUCGCACCGCUCUGGACGUGACUUGAUCAACAUGGCCACCCACCGCACCAACGUCAUCCCUAUCAUUGAGGACGCUCGUCACCCUCUCCGCUACCGUAUGCUGGUAUCCAUGGUCGACGUCAUCUUCGCCGAUGUUGCCCAGCCUGACCAGGCUCGUAUCGUCGCAUUGAACGCCUCUCUUUUCCUCAAGACUGGCGGUGGUAUUCUCAUCUCCAUCAAGGCGAACUGUAUCGACAGUACUGCUGCCCCCGAAGCCGUUUUUGCCAGAGAGGUGCAAAAGAUGAGAGAAGACAAGAUCAAGCCUCUCGAACAGCUGACGCUAGAACCCUUCGAGAGAGACCACUGUAUCGUCGUUGGAAAGUACAAUCGUCAUGCUUAAUUCGAAAAGUUUUGAAAUACCUGCUCUUUGUGUCUUAUUAUUCGGAUGUAUUGGGAUGAGGCAAUCUGGUGGUAGAUAUGCAGAUCGCGCACGCAUUCGUGUUCAUUAGGUCUCUGCUAUUUCUUCUUCAUCUCUGGUUCAUGGGUGUAAAUCAUUGGUAACGGAGUCUGAAAUGGAUCAUCUAAUUAUUCAAUCUUUUCAAAUUAUGGUGCCUUUGUGACGCUUGUAGGGUCUGCGAAAUUUGAUUGUGAUACGGGCAACAAGUGAUAAGUUUAAUGCUUUGACUGAUCAUAUUAAUUUGACUGCCA